AUGGGGCAUGCAGCUUUGACUAAGCCUAAGGAAAGGUGCUUGACUCCUGAGAAACAGAUUGGAUUUGCUGGCUUUUCUCUUUUUCUCUCACUCCAUUUCUCGCUGACAUCUUUCUCGACAUCUACUUAUGCUCCUUACUGUACAAUAACCAUUUACAUUUUCUUUCUUUUUACUGGCUUUCCUUCUUUUUCACCACUCUCUAUUUUGGUGUCACCCUUUCUUUAUCUCCUUUUAUUUUUUUUGCCCUGUCUUUGUUUUUCCCAUUCCAUUAUUUUCUCUUUCUUUCUUGUCUUCCUUUUUUUUUCUUCCUAUUUAAUUUACUUUUCUAUUUUUUAUUUUUGCUCUUUUUGUUUGCUUACUUUUUCUUUCUUACAAUCUAUAAUUUUUUUUUUCUUUCAUUCACUUUCUCGUUUUUCUAUCUCUCUUUUUCUUGCUUUUUUUCUUUCUUUCUUUCUUUCUUUCUUUCUUUCUUUCUUUCUUUCUUGA